AUGGCCCGAAAGAGGAAGACGGACGCCGCACCGCGGUUGGACGAGGCCGACCGCACGCUCUACUCCAGCUUCUGUGGCGCCGCCAAUUCCCUCUCCCAGCUAUACUCCCAGGCCAUGGCCCAGCAGAAGCUCUCCUUCCAGGCUGGCGAGCGGCACGCCCUCGAAAAGCUCCACCAAUGGAUCUUGAGGAUGCAUGAUGAGGAGUCGAGGCUUACUGUUGCAGACAUAAUGUCACAUAUCCAGCAUGAGAUUGACUAUGGAGGUACUGAUGCACAUGUAUCCCCAAGGGUACAUCAGCAUCCCAUGAGUGUGAAUCCGUUUACAAUUAUCCAACCCUCAGCUGGGUCAUACGCACAAGCAACAUCCGGGCAUGCUCCCAGACCCAGCCUCAGUGACCAGUCAAAGAAUACAAUAUUCUCAAAUGCAUUAUCAAGCCCAGUCCGCAGGAGUCUCCAGACGUAUCACUUAACCCAAGGUGCUGGUAAUGGAGGACGGAACACUGAAGCAAACUCAGCCGGGCAAAACCGAGAGGCCAACUCUGCAAGCUCCAAUGAUACCUCCAUGGACAUGGUUUCAGACAGCGCGGGAAAUGGCAGGCUUGUGGUUGCUUCUACGGGCCAACCAGCUAUCCUCCUCUGCACAGAAUUGGGUCAUUAG